AUGGACGGUGACGGCCGAAUCCACGACGCCGACGCUGACGCCGACUGGGUGCUGCCCUGUGCUGCUCUCUCCGACGUUACUCUCGCCCUCGUCGGUAAGAUCGGUUCCGGGAAGAGCGCCACGGCGAACAGCAUACUUGGCAGGGAAGCAUUUCCGUCAGAGUUCUCCUACAGCGGCGUGACCGGAACAUGCCAGAUGAGAAGCGGGACGUUCCAUGAUGGCUGUGCGGCCCGCACCCUGAAUGUCAUCGACACUCCGGGCUUAUUUGACAUGGACAAGACAGCUGAAAAUAUCCAUAGGGAGAUCGUAAAAGGUUUGGACAUGGCUAGAGACGGGAUCCAUGUGAUAUUGAUGGUGUUUUCAGCGACAUGUCGGUUUUCUCAGGAAGAUGAGAAAACAGUAGAAGCAACUAAGAUGUUUCUUGGUGAUAAAGUGCUUGACCAUAUGAUUUUAGUUUUCACACAUGGAGAUCUAGUAGGAGAGGAGACCAGUUGGAACAAGAAAUUAACUGAUAGUGCCCCAGCAUACCUGCAGGACAUGCUAAACCUAUGUAAAAACAGGGUUGUUCUCUUUGACAAUAAGACAAGUAAUAAAAAGUACCGUUUGGCACAACUGAGAAAAUUGCUUGAUGCGGUGGACUUUGUUAUAUCAAGCAAUCACGGAAAACCAUUUUCCAACUGCACUCACGCUCACUCUCAGAAAAUGCAAAGCAGGAGAGAGAUCAGUGCUGAGGAUUAUUCAACAGAACAGAGGUUCAAACUGAAGAAAGAGAUAUACGAUGAAUGCGUUGCACAGCUCGUAAAGAUGGUGGAGGAAAACCCUAGUAGUACAGUCACCAGAUUUGAAAAACUGCUCUUGGAGGAGCAUAAAGCUAGGCUGGAGUCGGACAAUAGGGCAGCAGAAGUUAUAUUAAAAUCAGAAGAGGAGACCCGGAAAGUUAAGGAGAUGCUACAGAAGAUAAACAAGGAGAGUGAAAAUGCUCAAAAGGAAAUGGAGAAAGUUAAAAAGAAAGUGAGAACUCUUGAAAAGAUUCACGAAAAUAAGAAGUGA